AUGGAUGGCGACUUCGACUGUCUCGAGUUGGUGAAGGCGAUCUACGGUCUCAAGCAAGCUUCACGUGUGUGGAACGAGACUUUCGACGAGUUCGUAUGCUUUAUCGGUUUCGAAGUGUCGGCGUUUGACCCAUGUCUCUACAUCAAGGUUGUCGACGGUCACUGUGUGCUCGUGCUGGUCUACGUGGAUGACGUGUUGGUCACCGGCAGCUCGCUCGAGUUGAUUGCGCAGACGAAGGCCGACCUCAAGACGCGUUUCGAGAUGACCGACAGUGGCAAGUGUACUUUUGUACUGGCCAUCGAACUGGUGGACGAAUCGGAUGGCAGCGUGACGAUGUGCCAGCGACGGUAUGUCAACGACAUCCUCAAGCGCUUCGGCAUGGAUGAGUGCAAGGCCACAGCAAGUCCGGUCGACUUGAGCACUCGGCUUGUCGCAAGCAGCGAAGCGGCCAAGAUCGACGUUCCGUUUCGUGAAGCUGUGGGAGCUUUGAUGCACUUGACGACUGCGACGCGCCCGGACAUUGCGUAUGCUGUGGGGUACGUCUCGCGCUUCAUGGAGAAUCCGCAGCAACAACAUUGGACGGCGGUGAAGCGCAUCUUUCGUUACUUGCAAGGGACCAAGUCGCACGGACUCCGCUUCCAGCCAAGCGACAAGAUCGACUUUCGUGGCUACUCGGACGCGGACUGGGCCGGCGACCACGCUGAUCGCAAGUCGACUUCGGGUUACACUUUCAUGCUGAUGGGUGCUCCUGUGAGUUGGGGAAGCAAGAAGCAGUCAAGUGUGUCGCUGUCGACGAGUGAAGCGGAAUACAUCGCACUGAGUCUGGCCAUCCAGGAAGGCAAGUGGGUGCAUCGCCUGCUAUGCGAGAUUUUGGCGGCCGCAAACGAACCAGGACCGGACCUCGUCAUCCGUGAAGACAACCAGUCGUGCAUCAAGAUGACGAAGAAUCCGGUGAAUCAUGGCCGCGCCAAGCACAUCGACAUCAAGUACCAUCACAUCCGUGAUGAGGUCAAGCGCGGUGAAGUGCAGCUCGAGUAUUGCGAGACUUCCGUGAUGAUGGCGGACAUCAUGACCAAGGGACUUUCGGGACCUCGCCACAAGGACUUGACGACGGCUCUCGGCAUUCGUGCGAGUUCGGAUUGA